AUGCGAUUGAUAACCGUUUCUAGUCUGCUAGCCGUCGGACAAGGAUUAUUUGGCGUAGCCACCUCUUUGGAUCUCCCCAUUGCUGCUAGAAUAGACGGCAUUGAGUCCGACGUCACUACUGUCGUUUAUAACAAGACUCGCCCGCUUCUUAUUGGCAAUGAUGGCGGUGCGGCAACGGGCGGGUUCCGGGCAUUCGACAUCAAUAAUGGAACUCUUCUAGUAGAGACGGCACACAACACCCCUGGACGCACGAAGUUGGUGGCCACAGCUUACGGCGUCGGUGGACGGGAUCUCAUUGUUAGCAUUGCCCAACCGGAUUCUUUCUUUCGGUUAUAUGACGUGAGCACGAUUGAGCAAAUUGGCCAGCCAAUCACCCGCACGCUAGGCGAUUGGUCGGCAUUAUGUGCGUGGAAGAGCCAGAGAAGUGGCGAGCAGUACCUAUAUCUUUUCGGCAAGAAGCAAGCUGUGCAAUUCUUAUUACGAGAAACGAGAAACUCUCUCGAGAUUGUCGAGGUUCGAACUUUCGAGACCCCCAUCGAGGCGUCAUCUUGUGCUAUAUCCGUGUCUGCACACAAUAUUUUCUUUAGUGGCGACGACGAUCCCACAAUCUACACCUUCAACGCCACGGAGUCAACCGAGAUACCAGAUAUCACAGUAUUAGGAGCAGCCGAGGACGAUGUUACUGGACUCACUGUUUACGUCGGUGAGAAGUCGGAUUAUCUUUUUGUCGCUCAGCAAGACACUAUCACCAUUUACGAUGAGUUGUUCAUUGAACUCGGCUCCGUCACCCUCACGGGCGACGAUGACAUCGAAAUUCAAGGACUCGAUAUGUAUCAGAGCAAGACACAGCUGUAUCCUGCAGGUGUUGUGACGUAUGCGAUCGAGAGUAACUCUGGGGCUGGAUUUGGAAUCAGCUCAUUGGAGGGCAUAUUUGAUAAUCUCAACUUGAAACUCAACACUGCGUACAACCCGCGUAAAAUACCGUGCAGAACCGAACAAUUGGUGUGCCAAGAGUGCAGCUUUAGUGGAUUUUGCGAACCACCCGUUGAUGCAUCUCACCCCACUGCUUGCUUAUGCUUCGCUGGGUUUACUGGAAACAAAUGCGAGUCGUACAACUGUCGAAACAAUUGCUCGAAUCACGGAGUAUGCAUCGGUGCGAAUCAGUGUAGUUGUCAUGAAGGCUGGGGAGGACUGUACUGCGCUUUCAAAGUCGUAAAGCCGGUUGCUGAAACGGAUCCGAAUGGAGGCGACGGCGAUGACCCUGCCAUCUGGAUCUCGCCAGUGCAUAAGACGCUAUCAAGAAUAAUUACGACCGUCAAGUCAGAGCUUGGUGCGGGCCUAGGAGUUUUCGACCUGAAUGGCAAGGAAAUCCAGACCAUUAAAGCCGAAGAACCUAACAAUGUUGAUGUGAUCUACAACUUCCCAGCCGGGAAUAGAUCUAUAGACCUAGCAUAUGCCGCUUGUCGCGGGGACAAUACACUAUGUCUAUUUGAAAUACACAGAAAUGGAACCCUAGCAUCAAUAUCAGGCGGAAUACAGUCAACCAAAGAAGACUAUGACGUGUACGGUAGCUGUGUAUACCGAUCACGCAUUACGGACAAGCAAUAUUUGUUUGUCAAUGCUAAAACAGCGGAGUAUCUCCAGUUUGAGCUGUCGUGGAAUGAUACUUUGCAAACCCUGGAGACGACUCUGGUACGAAAUUUUACUGGUGGCUCUGGGGGCCAGGUCGAAGGCUGUGUGAGUGAUGAAGCAAAUGGCUGGGUCAUAAUCGGCGAGGAGCCACGUGCGCUAUGGCGUUAUGGCGCUGAGCCGGACGAUGAUUCAAGUGAAGGAGCACUUAUCGCCGAAGUCGGCGACGGACAUACAUAUGCAGAUGUCGAAGGCGUCACUUUGAUCGAAGGUGCAACGGCGAAUGAUGGGUUUAUCCUGGUCAGUCAACAAGGUGUUAGUGCGUAUAAUGUCUAUCGCCGAUCGGCGCCCCAUGAGUACAUUGAGACUUUCACUACGAUCGAGAACACUGAGAAGGGAGUUGACGCGGUAACCAACACCGAUGGAAUCGCUGCCGUUGGUACCUCGCUUGGUCCCAUGUUUCCUUAUGGAUUGGUAGUGGUUCACGAUGAUGCUAACGAAUUGCCGACAUCUGGAACUAGCGACGAAGCAAGCUUCAAGCUGAUCAAUCUAAGAGACAUCUUAAGCGACGACCUCUUAACGGAGCUCGACCCAGACUGGGAUCCAAGGGCAUAGUUAACGAUCGUCAGCAAUGAGAUUGAUGCCUUAUCCUCGAUUACGGGCAUGGGUAAGAUGGACUUUGAUAUUUCUACUUUAUUGAAAAACCGUGGCCGCUAGUCAAACAAGAAAAAUAUAAAACAUUUGUGGCUAUAUAUACAGGAAUUCUACCAAGCACUCUCCCUCUCCAUACUGUCUCUUUAUAUCCGAGAUUUAAGUUUUUGCUACCAUAUGGAUCGGUUAUUGGAAGUUAACCACUUUACUUUUCACGCAUACUGCCUUAGCCAAGGUCUGUAUUGAA